UUAAGCCGAGCCCAGCCGAGCGCAGCCCAGCCGAGCCCAGCCGAGCAUGGGGCCGCGGGCGCUGCUCGCCCUGCUCGCCCUGCUGCUGGCCGCCGCCCCGGCAGGUGCCAGCACAGUUCCAGUGGAAAAAGACCACACUGAAGAAAUGGUAACCCAGUGCAUAGUGGAGGUUCUGUCCAACGCUCUGUCCAAGCCAAAUGCUCCCCCCAUUAAUCCUGAAUGCAAAGAAAUCCUGAAGAAGAGUGAUAAAAAUGACAGAGAGAGAAGCGAAAACAAAGAGCCUGAAGUGAGGCACCCCAAAGACCCAGCAGAGACCCAAAAACAUCCUGCUGGGAGCGUGGAGAAAGAACAAAAGCAGGCAGAGGAGGAAUCUAAAAAGUACCUGGAAGGAGGUGAUGAGGAGAAACUCACUGGUGAGGAAGGUAAAAGCAGGGAAGAGGAGGCAGGGCACCACACACCUGCCCAGGAGGAGACGCUUCACACGGAAGAAAAAAAGCUCUACCGAGAAACUGGGAGAGAGGAGGAGAGGAAUUACCACAGUGAGGAGGAAAGCAAAGAGGGCCAGUGUUGUGAGGACGUAGAGGCUGCUGUUGUCACCAAGAAGUCCCACUCGGAGGGCACGAGCAUGGAGGAGUUCCGUGGUGGGAAUGGUCGGAGCCCCGGGGGCCGCUGGCACCUGGAGGAGGGAAUGCAGAGCCCUUCCAAACAAAUCCGGGAAGGGGAGGAGGGAGAGGAAGAAAGGAGCGAGAAAUACCACCAGGAGUCUGAGGAACGUGGGUUCUCCCACCAGCAGGAGCGUGAAGAGUCUGAGGAGAGCGAAGAAAGAGAGGAGGCAAGGGAGCCCUCCAAAGCCAGAGGUUACCACGGGAAGCACGGAGCCGGUGACUCCUAUGACGAGAAGAGGGGCCGUGGGGAUGAGAGGGGGGAACCGGGGCAGCCCCGUCCCUGGGAGCAGUGGAAGCACCACCAGGAGCAGCAGGAGGAGGCUGAGGAGAAGGGCGGCUCUCCUGGGAGGGGAGGCCCUGAGGAGCUGCGGGACGAGGAGCGCAGGGACAGCUGGCAGCAGGGCCGGGAGAGCAGGGAAGGGGAAAACAAGAGGCGUCAGCACAGCCAGGAGAGGAGACAGCACGAGGGAUCUCGGCACUCCGAGGGGAGGACGCGCCUCGCCGGCGAGGACGAGGAGGAGCUGGACGGGUAUCUCAGCGUGGGAGGGAGAUCCCGCUCGUGGAACGAGGAAGGGGAAAGGUCGCAGAGGGCGCGGGAGCACGAGGGGCAGGCCGGGAGGCGCUCCAGCGCCGAGGACGGCCUGCAGCGGCAGCGGGAGCGGCCGGAGAAGAAGCAUCGCAGCGGUGAGCGGGUGGAAAACGAGGAGGAGGAGGAAAGGUUCGCAGAGAGAGAGGAGUACGGAGGCCAUCGCCCUGCAGAGAAAGAGAAGAGAACCGCGGCGUCCUACAGGCCUUUCUACCCGCUGCUGUGGUGGAAGAGCCGGCACUCGGACAAAAGGGACGGUGCAGGGGAGCGGCUCCUGGAGGGCAGGGAGCGGGGCAGGCCCGCCCUGAGCGAGAGGAACCUUUUCCCCGAGUACAGCGACUACGAGUGGUGGCCAGAAAAGCAAAUCCAGAGCGCUCUGAAGCACAGGCGCGCCGAGAAGAGGAACCCCGGCAGAAGGAGCAGGUACGACAAGGUGGAUCAGCUCGCGCAGCUCCUCAACUACAGGAAGAAGUCGGCUGAGCUCCCGGAGCUGUACAGCUCUGGAGAAGACCUGAAGAAACAUCACGUGGCUGGGAACGAGAGAAGGAACCUAAGCCAGAGGCCCCUGACAGAGGAAGAGGAAAAGCAGCUGGAAAACUUGGCCACCAUGGAUCUGGAGCUGCAGAACAUAGCAGAGAAGAUCAACAGCCUGAGGAGAGGCUGAAGGUGUCCUGGCAAUUCCUGUGUUCUGUGGUAAACUCGCUGCCCCAAACCCAGGAAAUUCUAUCCACUGUCCACUCUUGUGAUUUACACAGCUCCAAGUGUCUUUAAUUUGCUGUUAUGCUCCCGAGACCUGAAUGGCAUGAAUUUUAAUACUAUAACCUCUCACGUGGGCAGGUAUUUUUAAUAUGCUUUUGGAGAUAAUUGUGUUAGUGUCCUUCAGGAAUAUAUUUGUCUGAGUUUGCAAUAAUAAAAACCAUUGAUCUUGGACCAAA